UCGAUAUUUUCGGAUUCCCAUUCACAACUCCUGCAUCGGCAACAGAGCUAGAAACUGCGCGAUGUUGCAGGCUUCCAUUAACCCGAUCCAAUCGCCGCCUCCGGCGUUCCAUUACAAGACAGCAGGACUCGCAUUCCCUUCAUCACUUGCCUGCACCAUCAGCCGGCCGUCGCCGACAUCGUUACGUCUGCGAUCACCCUCAGUAACGAGAACCUCCAUCUCUUCUUCAUUUCAACUCAAAGCCGGAAAAGGCCAUUACAGGAUGGAUGGCUUCCUAGAUGUUGAGCUCAAAGUUCGUGAUUAUGAGCUGGAUCAGUUUGGGGUUGUCAACAAUGCUGUUUAUGCGAGUUAUUGCCAACAUGGUCGUCAUGAACUGCUGGAAAGCAUAGGCCUCAGUCCUGAUGCAGUUGCUCGUGAUGGCGAUGCAUUAGCUUUAUCAGAAUUGACUUUGAAGUUCCUUGCACCACUUAAAAGCGGAGACAGAUUUGUUGUUAAGGUAAGGAUCUCGGGGAUGUCGGCUGCUCGCUUCUACAUCGAUCAUUUCAUUUUCAAGCUUCCAAACAUGGAGCCAAUCUUGGAGGCAAAGGGUACAGCAGUUUGGCUCAACAAAAGCUAUCGUCCAGUGCGUAUCCCGCACGAAUUUCUAUCCAAGUUUGCUCAGUUCGUUCGGGAUCAUGACUCGAAGUGAUCGACUUUGGGGCGAUAUCGUUGAGGUAUUUUGCUUUUGCCCAUCUCAGAGAGAAUACAAUGAAGCAAAUAUAUGAUUCAUAUACUAAAUGCAUAGCUAUGAAUUCUUGCCUUCACCUAUACUCAGACCACUGCUACUCAAAUAGCAUCUUUACACAACAUGAAUAUCAGCCUCAUUCACAUAGGUGUAUGUCAUUUGAUGAGACGACCUUACUAUUAUACCGAUCGAACAUUUGUGUCCUUUGUAUUCUAAAUCAUAUCCUUUGACGACUGUAUAAAAAUUCCGCACUUAAACGCUGAUGAGGGGUGUGUCGUUGAAAUUUGAGCUUCUAGUUAUAUCAUAUUCACCCGAGAGAUUGUGUAUCUCUUAUAGUUAUGAGAUAUUUGUAUAAUUCAUGAGUUAGCAAACGAGAAUAAAUGAUAUCUAUUACUCAGUU